UGUUAUUAAUCGAAUACAAAGCUUCCAUACGAGUUAUUUUGACGGUCACUGUCGACGUAUAUAAGCUGCGCCUGAGUUGCGAGGCGUCUCACUACGCUGUUGUUACCUGUGUGACAUCACAACAUGAUUUCUUUACGGAUAUCCUUUGUGGUGUGCGCUGUGCUGGCGCUGGCAGCGUUGUCUGCAGCCAAGCCUGAUGAUGGAGAGACCAUCACUACACCUGGCCCUGGAUUGUCGUACGGUGGCAUACCUUACGGCAGUAUGAGCGGCAACGUAGCGGAGUUCUUCAGAAGACAAGCGCCAUCUGGCGGCCGAUCGGCGUACCUCAAUGGACCUUACGGCAACAGCGUUGACUACGCACCUAUUGAACAAUACUUAAGAUAGAUGUCGCUAGUAGUACAUUUAGUAUAAAUAGAAAUAAGUUUUAAAUUCUUAAUUGUCUACGUCAAUAUUUGCCAUAUUUAAAACAAGUUUUGAAUUGUAUUUUUUUUAUUAAUUUAUCGAAAUCAUCCCUUUGGUUUCGAGUGUACAAAACCAUGAAUUGAAUGUCAACAAUCAAUUGACUAAGUCAAAAGCCAUAUUAUGUAAUUUUCUUAGAUUUAGACGAGAUACCCCACUGGUAUGAUAUUGUUUAAGAAAGUAUUAAUAAUAAUAAAAUGCCAUUAAUUUAUUUAAUGAAAUAUAAAA